AUGGGCGAGGAGCUGGAUGAUUAUAUGUCGGAUGAUUUCCUGAAUGUGACAAAAGAUGUGAAGCCAGGUCUUGUAAGGAGUCGAGAGCACAAGAUAUGGCUGAAGGCAGAGGCGGAAAAGAUGAAGUAUAAAUCAGAUGAGCGGUUACCUCCGAAAAAGAAGCACGAGUUAGAAAGAAGCAUUCGCGAGGAGGCCUUGAGCAAACCAGUUCCGGAAACCUCGAAAGGAUUUGCUCUCAUGGCUAAAAUGGGAUUCAAACCAGGAAUGAGUUUAGGAAAGAAGAAAGACGAGAACGAUCUUGGAUCCGGUAUCAGGGAACCAAUUCCUAUUGAGGUAAAAGCAACCAGAACUGGGUUGGGGCAUGGUAGUGCGGAGGAGCAGCAAGCUAAGUUGAGGCUCCAGCGUGAAAUGGAACGAAUGAAGCGGAGAGCUGAACAACAUGUAGAACUGACUGAGGAAUAUAAAAAACGUAAACGUGAAAUCUCUAAUACAAAAGACCUCAUUCGUGAUAUCUUAGCCAGUAGAAAGAUUUGCGUUGAAUUGGACUUGAGAAUAAACAUGGAAUUACCAGAAGAACCAUGGUUCUGGAAAAGUUAUUGUAAGCGAAAGGAAGUGGUCGACGACGACGUUGAAGCAAGUAGUUACGGAAGGAGUGAUUGUGACGAGGACUUGGAGUUCCUCUAUGCAAAUGGGAAAGAAGCGCCUCAGGAGGAACGAUACGAUGAGUUGCCUGAUGAGAUUCUGCAGGAAAGACUGGUUCGAAUUACUGGGUACCUUCGUGACACGCAUCGUUAUUGCAUUUGGUGUGGUUGCCAAUUCGAGAAUUUCGAAGAGCUCGGCAGUUAUUGCCCUGGACAAGAUCGCCAAGCUCAUGAUUCCAUAGACGAGUUAUGUCCAAAGAUCAAGCUCGGGUUGUGUGCGUCGGUGAUGUUCGUGUUUUUUGGUCCGAAUGAGGUCGACAACGAGAGUAUUUUGAAUGGUAAAGUGGAGUUUGAAGUACCAACUUAUAUUCUAGGUCCGUGCACUUCUUCUACUUCUACGUUUUAUCCCGAGGAAUCUGUAGAGUUUUCCUCCAGUGUCACCUAUCUGGGAAAGCGCGGAAUUCUGAAUACUGCUAGUGGUUUACAGGUGGCUUACCUCAGCGGUGUAGAAGGACCAUCAUCAAAUAGUUAUCAGUUCAACGAAGAAGAUGUAGAGGAGUUGUUGAUUCCGGUCAGAACCCAGGCGGGAUUUCUUGGGGUUGAUGUGUUGGUCACGUCUAUGUGGCCAGCUGAGGUAAAAGGCUCGCGAUUGAUAUCUCGACUUGCAUCGGGCCUAAAGCCACGAAAUCACCGUGUUUUGUUGGAACCAGCACAGCAUGUGACCAGAUUCAUUGGCCUGGCACCAUUCCUGAACAACAAGAAGCAGAAAUGGCUUUAUGCCUUCAAUAUUCAGCCGAUGCGCAAAAUGACGCGUGAAGAGCUCACCAUGCAACCACCAAACUCUUCAGAAUUUCCUUACAUGGGAAUCCUUGAGGAAUUCAUGGCUAAGGAAGAACUAAAAAAGAAGAAAAGUUAUGACGUUGUGGAUCGAUAUCGUUUUGAUAUGUCUGAAGAAGUUGAAGACAAGGUGGAUCGAGGAGGACGGAAACGGCGGCAGAACGAUUUCCCUAGUGGGGAAAAAGUGCCAGCAGCGCCCUGUUGGUUUUGUUUGUCAAAUGUGGAUGUGGAAAAGCAUUUGGUGGUUAGCGUGGGCGAUCAAUGUUAUGCUGCAAUGCCUAAAGGACCGCUUGUGGAGGACCAUGUCAUGGUGCUCACCAUAGGUAACUGGUUUUUGCUUCUGUUGUUGUUCUCGAACGUCUGUUGGCAAGAAUAA